CAGGGACUGCCCCCGAACUCCAGCGGGCGAGUUUGCCGUGGCUGGUCGUGCGCGUCCUGAGCGCUCUGGCUCACCUGGACAACCCUCCUCCCCGCCCCGCGCCUUGUCCCAUCUAAACUUCUCGGAGAGCCUGGGUCGCGCUGCGCGCCGUCCCCCUCGCAUUCUUGCUCCCCGGGCAGGCGGCUGGCGGCGGCGGGAGUCGGGACGCGCGGCGAGAGGGGCGCCCCCGCCGGCCCCUCUGGGAACAUGGCGACCGGCGGCUACCGGAGCGGCGGCAGCACCACGGACUUCCUGGAGGAGUGGAAGGCGAAGCGCGAGAAGAUGCGCGCGAAGCAGAACCCCGCGGGCCCGGGUUCGGGCGGCGGCGGCGAUCCGGCCGCUAAGUCCCCUGCUGGACCGCUGUCCCCAACCGCGGUCGCCGGGACCUCCGAACUCAACCACGGCCCCGCGGGCGCGGCCGCACCUGCUGUCCCCGGGCCCACCGCCCUGAACUGCGCUCUGGGUCCCUCGGCGCUGCCCCGCUCGGCUCCCGGCUCCCGGCGGCCGGAGGAGGAAUGCUCGACCGCCGCUGCAGUCGCGGGGGCGCCCGCGUCCCGGGGCGACGAGGAAGAACCGGACGGCGCCCCGGAGAAGGGCCGCAGCUCGGGGCCCAGCGCCAGGAAAGGCAAGGGGCAGAUCGAGAAGAGGAAGCUGCGGGAGAAGCGGCGCUCCACCGGCGUGGUCAACAUCCCCGCCGCGGAGUGCUUAGAUGAGUACGAAGACGACGAAGCCGGCCAGAAAGAGCGGAAACGAGAAGAUGCCAUCACACAGCAAAACACCAUUCAGAACGAAGCUGCGAGCCUCUUAGACCCAGGCACUUCCUACCUGUCCCAGGACCCAUCAAGAACAGCAGGAAGAUACAAGAGCACAAGCACUGCCCCAGAAGAUGACGCCUCCAGUCGAUAUCCCCGACCAGACAGAGGUGGCUUCAACAGGCACAGCAGAGAUGCCAACAUGGCGGGCAGCUUUGCCUCCAGUAGCACAUUGGAAAAGAGAAUUGAAGAUCUCGAAAAGGAAAUAGCCAGAGAAAGGCAAGAAAACCUCAGGCUUCUGAGACUGAUGCAAGACAAAGAGGAAAUGAUCGGGAAACUCAAGGAAGAGAUCGAUUUGUUAAACAGAGACCUAGAUGACAUAGAAGACGAAAAUGAACAGCUCAAGCAGGAGAAUAAAACUCUUUUGAAAGUUGUCGGGCAGCUGACAAGGUAGAAGACUCAAGGCUCGGUGUGGAGAAUGUUUUUAAACUACUGAUUGAAUGUCGUGGCUAAGGCAGAGAAGAUGCGCUCCCGUGAAGCAAUACAUUGAGAUAACUGUAUUUAUUUCUGACAACAGAUGGAUACUGGUUUGCAAAAUUACUCCUUUUCAUUAUUAGCCUUAAAAAAAUAUCAACCUGUGUUUCACAAAUUCGUAACAUUUUUAGUUUUUAAAAAGGAUAAGGUAAUGUCUCUUGGUUUUGUGUGAUAUCCCAGUAAUAUAUGGUUCAAAGUAGCAACCAUUUGCCUAUAUUUUAUCUAGGUUAGUACAUAUUUUCCCUACAGGAAUAUGCCUAGUCUUUGUUUACAUGAAUUUAAGUACUUGGGGAAUUGCCUACAAAUGCUUUAUUACUAAUGUGUGCAGUCUUCUGUGUGUUAAUACUUGCUCAUAAAGACCUCUCUGCGGUCGUCUUUCUUUCCAUGUGCUCGAAUGAUUCUGAGUAGUGAUAGACACACUAUUUUGUAUAGCGGUAAUCUUGAAAGGAAAGCGAUUUUAUAGAGUUACUUAAUAUGUUCUAGCUGGUUAAAUGUAAACUUAAGAGAAUACUUGAACUGUGUUAUAGUAAGUGAAAAUUUACUAUUUUGUGUUUGAAUUUUGAAAAAUUUCAAUUACUUCUGAAAAAAACAGUUAAUGUAUAGUUUCUUAUGUAGGUACUAUCGUAUCAUUUUUAUGGCUUUAGGUUUUAUCAGUAAAUAUGGGAUAUUUAAAAAGUUGCUUAUCCUUGAGGUCUCGAGUUGUAUACAAUUUCAGUGUUGAAGAAAAUCGAUGCCUUUAAUAGCAUGUGCUUCAAAAUCAGAACCGAAAUAUUUUUCCACACUUAAAAAUAUUUAUACAUUUGAUAAGCAGAAUAGCUCAGCUGAUUUCCUGACUUGGAGAGGCACUGGGAUGCAAUUUUCCUCAUGAGAGAACAGUCCCAUGUCCCAAGGGCUCCUGCUUCCUAAUACUGAAAAUCCUAAAGAGACCAUAUUUGAAGAUUUAUAAAAAUAAAGUUGGCUCCUGUUCAGUAUCCUUGUAUCUAGGGUUGUUUUGUGUUGUGUUUUCGUAUUGGGACCCCCUCCUCCUCCCUCAACACAUGGAUACCUGCAGUUGACUCUCUUUCCUUUCUCUUCCCUCUUUGUAAUGGUUCUGGGGGCUGAACCCGGCAGGCACUCUGCCACUGAGUGGCUGGCUAGGUGAUUUUCAGGCAGACUGCCUGCUCAUCAGAGUUCAGUUCAGAACCUGAACAUGGUAAAGCCCCACUGGGUGCCCUGCCGGCUCCUUUUGCUCCACUUAACAAAAUCCAUUCAUUUAUCCGCUGCUGGGAAAACAAGAUAAGACAAGACAAUCGGGGGAAGGAGGAGGAGCGAUCCAUAUAGAUGCAAUCUUCUACAAGUCUCUUUAUUCGCCACAAGGGUUUUCCCACUCCUCACCCCCAGAAGUUACAGAUCGACCGUACCCUUGGAGGAACAGAAACACCAGCUCCUGGAGAGGCCCACUUUAGGCCUUGGUUUCCAGAAUUCUGCUGCUGCUCGCCUGCCGGUCCUGAGUCCCUUGGCUCUGCUCUCUCUUUCUGCCUGUAUUUCCCACUGAAGUCACUGGCGCUGGAACUCUCUCUCCUACAUUUCCUCCUUUGACUUAGGUCCCCUGGCCUGCCCAGCAGGGAGGCCCACGCAUAAGGUACUACGCCAGACUCUGUGAACCCCUUGGCCGCGAGGUACUCUCUCUUUGGCCGUCCUUAGGCCUGUGACAAGUAUCUUCAUUACCUUAUUCCUCGCUUACCUUUAGAUGUUGUAAAAAUGCUGUCAAUAGCCAACCCUAAAAUACAGUAGUAUAUUGAUUUUUCAAUAAGAUAGUUUGAAUUUCCUUUUUAAUCUGUAUGUAAAGAAACAAUUUCACUUUUUAAAGCAGCUAUGAAAGUUUUAAAAACUGAGCUGUUUUGAAGUUUGCCCCAUUUGGCUAAUUUGGAGCUCUUUUCAGCACAUAUUUUUUUUCUUUUUUAACAAUACUCGCAGGUGUGCACAUCCUUAGGCAGAACUACAGGAACCUGUACAGUUAGGCAGAGCCUUCCGUUGGAGCCCUUCCCCUAGCUCCUUAAAAUACGUAUUUACUCCACAUACAGAUUUUUACACGCUUUUGAAAAAGACAUAUGAUCUACAAUUCAAUUUAUUUUUAAAUUGAACUUCUAUAAAAUGUUAAAGCAAGACUUAUAGCCAAUUUUGGCUCACCAGUCAUUUGUGACUUAGAGCCAGGCACAGUGGUUCAUACCUGUAAUACCAUAACACAGAACACAGAGUUCUUCUAAAACAAUAACUUCAUUAUGCCUCAAAUGAGCAUAGUGGGCUUUUCCGAUGCCGACAAGAACUGAAAAUUGCUACACAUCUCCUUCUUUCCAGAUGUCCUGGUGGCUUUGCUGUAAGGCACUUGUGUUAGAAGGGGAAGGGGGAGGGCUGUGUGGUUUCCAGCAACCCGAGAGAGACGUUCAGUAUUAAUUAGCACUGUUACCUUUGUUCAGGCCGUUUCAGAUUUCCCCCAGGAUUUAGUCAUGUGUCCUCACUGGACGAUAUGAACCUAGGUGCACCAACUUUGCAUUAGAGAAAACACACAAAAUGCAAAAGAACAAACAUUUGAAGUUAAAAUUAGUGUCCAGCACCCACAUCUGCAUCCAAACCAUUCCUGGUGUGCACCAGCACAGUUCUUUUAUACUGGAACUCAAGGGCAUCCUUUUUUAAUUGUUAAGUUAUAGUUACUGUUAUUCUCUGUGGUACCAAUGAUUAAGCCCAGAAUCUCACAGAUUCCAGGCUAAGUGCUGUACCACAGUGUGUGCAUUCCAUGGGACAUCUUAUGCAUAAGAAUUUUAACUAACAAUACGUACCUGAAAAUGGUGUGAUGCUUUUCGUCCCUUUAAACUGAAAACAGAACCCUAGGAAUAUCCAGCAGUUUUCUGGUCAGCUCUUGCCAAAGGCGCUCCCUCCCUCCAUGCUGGUCACUUGCUCUUUGCUGUGGAGAUGGCGAUGCUAUCAUCCUGUGCUUGGGAGACUUGAACCAGGGCCAGCGAUGUCCUGCCUUGGAGAAACUCCUCCUCCCAACACUGGCAAGCCCCAGGCUUCAAACUCCAGAACCCAUACAGUGGUAGAAGGAGACCCAACUCCCUCGAGUGCUCCUCUGAUUUCUAGAUGUUUAAUGUGUCGCACAUGCGUGCACACACCGAGAGACACAUUUACAGUAAAUGUGAAAAUAAGACAAAUCUUUAUUCAAGAAAACCCAAGCCAAUAUUUGUCCUUUGUUUUGAAUUUUUAAGGUCCUCCCUUUAUAGCCCAAGCCGGCCUGAGACUCACACUAUUAUCCAGACCAACCUCAAUGUCAUGAUCCUCUGCCUAGGCCUGUUUUAAAUUUAUUUUUUUGCUUAGCUAUAAUUCCAAACAUGUUCAGGUUGCAUCUUCACCCUGAUCCCAAAUCAAGUAGUGACAUAUAAGUCUGUUUGGUAUUAGAUUUUCAUGUGCAUUUCAAGCAGACAUUGAAGUGGGCAUCUGCUAAUUCUAGCAGAGUAUAGUCCGUGUAGUGUGCACCAGCAGCGGGAGGUACAGCUUUAGCUGGCAUUAGUCUGUCCAGUCUGAAUGGCUGGUUCCAGAUAGGCUUCAUCACUAUCUAUCCCUUGUCUGUCUGGUCUAGUUGAUAGGUACUGAGUUUUUUGCUCCAACAUUUCUGAUCAGGAAAGGGAAGAAACUGGUGCAUACUGGGAAGUAUCUUACUGUAUUUUAAUAUAACUAUACAUUAGGAAAAGAUCAGUAAGAAAUGUCACAAAAAAGGGGCUGAGAAGAUGGCUCAGCGGUUAAGAGCACUGACUGCUCUCCCAGAGGACCCGGGUUCAAUUUCCAGCACCCACAUGGCAGCUCACAAGUGUCUAUAACUCCAAGAUCUGACACCCUCACACAGACAUACAUGCAGGCAAAGAACCAAUGCACAUAUAAAUAAAUGAAUUUUAAUUAAUUUUUUAGAAAUGUCACAAAGUAAAAAGAAUGAAGUUCCUGUCCCAUCCACAGAAGUGUUGGUCAUAUUCAAAUGGAUUUGGUCGGUUAUCCUCAAAUUAGUAUUUCUUACACAAUAUUGAUUACUGGUUUCCUUUUGACUAUGCCGUCUUCUAUCUGACUUGCAGUUUUUAUGAUGUCAGUCAUUCUGGUAAUUAAAAUGUAAAUGGCAACCUCAUGAUGGACAUGGAUUGCCUUGUUUUAUUUUGGUUUUCCUUCUGCAUGCCAAAUUGAGUGUAUUGACCUUUUUUGUUGUUUUGUUAUUUUAUUGUUAUUGUUGUGGGGCUUUUGUUCGUUUUUGUUUUUGUUAGUUUACUCCUUAAAAAAUUUGGCUUCACUCUGUAGGGAUUUUAUUCUCAUGUAACUUUUUUUUUCUUUAAAUUUGAGAAGCACUACCAGCAAAAGUCACAAGCUAGCUAGACUUACUAUUUGGUUAAGAUCAGAAGUUCUGAACCCAAAUACUAGUGAAAAUUAUCUGGAUUGAGUAAUUGGAAUGAAGUUUUGUGUAAACAGCUUUGGUUUUUCCCAUGUGUGGACUUCUUUCGUGACAGGGUCAACUCAAUACAGAUUCACUUUUAGAAUAAGCUUUGCAUGUAAAAAAAAAAUGAAUCCUCAAUAAAAAGUACAUUUCAUUUCUUUUCAA